CGGUGCCAAACACUGACUGCACUGACAUUACUAGGGGUGAUCCUGGGAAGGAUCUAAAAUCAUAACAGAGUCAAAGAUCAGCUGCUGUUAACUGGAAAUGCACUCAUGUGAAGGACUGACCUCUGGAGGGUUUUUGCAGGAGGAAUCCACCUUUUGGUUGACAACACUUGAAUAUCCUCACAAGCGAGGAUGAUGAUUUUGUUCAGCAAAAGGAAGAAAGGAUACACACUUGAAUCUUUUUAUUGGAACCAUGUGGAGUUGCAAUAUUUAUCAAUAUGUCACAUUUUUAACCGGGCAACAAGCACACAGUGUAUCAUGGGUCAUUCGGCCCUAAAGACGCCAACGGAUCAAGUUAUAGAAGAAUAAUGGCAGAGGAAUCCGAUCACAUGAUUCCACCAGCCUCGAAUCUGACAACUGUUUUAUGGGAGCAACAUCCUACAGUUCCAGCAGACGUGGGUGUGGUCACAAGCUCUCAGUCGCAGCUCAAAGACCUCGUUGGCUUGUUCUGCAUGGUGACGCUUAACCUCAUCGCCCUGCUGGCCAACAUCGGCGUGAUGGUGGCCAUAGCCCGCGCUGUGCACCUGAAGAGGUUUGCUUUCGUGUGCCACCUUUGUGCCGUGGACCUGCUGUGCGCCAUUCUCCUCAUGCCUCUGGGGAUCAUAUCCAGCUCGCCCUUCUUCAGUACGGUGGUGUUUACAGUUCUUGAAUGUCAGGUGUACAUCUUCCUAAAUGUGUUUCUCAUCUGUUUGUCCAUUCUCACCAUCACCGCCAUCAGUGUGGAGCGCUAUUUCUACAUUGUGCACCCCAUGCGCUACGAAGUCAAGAUGACCAUCAAUUUAGCAAUCGGGGUCAUGGUCCUUAUCUGGAUCAAGUCGGUCCUCUUGGCUUUGUUUACUCUCUUCGGCUGGCCGGCCUAUGGAAACCAAAGCUCUAUCGCUGCAGCCCACUGCUCUCUCCAUGCUAGCCACAGUCACCUUAGAGGUGUGUUUGCAGUGCUCUUCACUGUGCUUUGUUUCCUGGUUCCUUCAGUCAUUAUCUUUGCCGUUUACUGCUCCGUGUACAGGGUCGCUCGUUCGGCUGCCUUGCAGCAAGUCCCUGCUGUCCCAACCUUGGCCUUUGCAAACCCGCAUAAGAAUCGGUCAGACUCCAUCAGCAGCCAGACCACCAUGAUCAACACCACCCGCUCUGUGCCCCAGAGACUUUCACCAGAGAGAGCGUUUGGUGGAGGCAAGGCAGCCCUCACUUUGGUGUUCAUUGUGGGUCAGUUCUUAGUAUGCUGGCUGCCCUACUUCAUCUUUCACCUGCAAAUGUCUCUGACUGGCUCCAUGCGCAGCCCGGGAGACUUAGAAGAGGCGGUCAACUGGCUUGCCUUUUCCUCAUUCGCGGUAAACCCGUUCUUCUACGGUUUGCUCAACAAGCAGAUCAGAGAGGAGCUGGUCAAAUUCCGACGCUACUGCCUGACCCAGCCUGUGGAGUUGGGCGCCUCCAGCCAUGAGGGCUCCUUUCAAGAGAACUUCCUUCAGUUCUUUCAGAGAACCACUUGCAUUACUGAGAGACGCUCAAGCGGUGCUAACUCUAAUCCUAGAAACACUGCUGACCACAGGGUUAGGAUCCCCGGAUAAAUACCAUAG